AUGGAAAACACCGCGACCAUCCCCAGCGCCCCUAGCACAACGACCGCAGUUGCAGCCGUGAUAACUACGCCUACUCCUUACCCUACAAAUAUGGAAAGUGGCUACACAGAGUUCUAUCAGAACCCUGAUAUGGGAACAGACUGCGCUAGUGGUGUCUGGCUAGACUACUACUAUUGUAUUGCAAAUAAUGACCAGGCUUCAUCAUCGGCCACAGUAGGUUCUACCUCCCACACUAUCACUAUUCGACCGGGCGCCACAUAUACAGAAAUCACCCCCCAAAGCAAAAUUCCUCCCAUAAAGGUCAAAAGUGAAAAAACAGAUAAGACUGAGUCUGAGGACACAGGAGAUAACGAUAACACGGGAGAUAACGAUGACACCGGCGAUGACGAUGAUAAUACAGAUGACACCGAUAAUACAAGUAGCAUGCACGGCGAAUUCCUGACUCAUUUAUCGUAUCUAGUGGAGGGUGGCGGUGGUGGCACAACUGAAGACAUACCUAAGGUAUCCGAGGAUGAGGAUUGCACUUCCAUGGUCACAGCAACCAUUUGUACAGUCCUUGUGCAGAUAAUUUCGACAAGUAGAAUGACUUCUGCAACUGUUAGCUCCUCCACAUAUUGUGGCCCGACUGAAGGAUGUUCAGCCACUCCAUCCACUACAACAUCGACCAUAACCACCACAGGAACCUACUUAACCGAGACCAAUAGCUUCAUGUAUGUUUCUGAGCCUGUUGAAGAUUCAUCACUGCUAGCUUCGAUCGCGAGCGGCAUUGUGAGCCGGCGGAACGCUAUGGAUGCCACGCGCUGGGGAUCGGCAACAGCAACUGGCUCCAGUACUAGUAGCUCCUCCACUGGCACUUCCUCCACCAGCAUUUCCUCCACUAGCAUUUCCUCCACCAGCACUUCUUCCGCCAGCACGGAUGACCAAAGUAUAAGUACCUCGAGCAGCUCAUCUAGCAGCGCCACAAUUGAGGCCAAUACUCCCCCAACUUCCGACUACUACGAGCUAAAUAUGUACUCGGAUAGUACUUGCGGGAGCUAUCUCACCGACGAUGAAGGAAGCACAAGUGAUGUUGGCUGUAUCGCCUGGGUAACGUCCGGCGGCUCCGCUGUCUACCCUCUCUUUGACGAAUCCGUUUUCUCGAUCGCGGCAUACUCAGGGGAUUCUUGCGACUCGUCGGAUAAAUUGAUGUCAUUCAAUUCAGGCACAUGUUACGAGCUUGAUAUUGAGAGUGGUAAGGGAAGUUGGAAAAUUACCAAACUGUAA